AUGGUGAUGGGAUUUUCAUAUGGUUCACUCUUCCAAGGGCACAAAUGGGUUGUCUUGGUUCUGAAAUUAGGUCUCAUGGGGAUGAUCAUGGCUGCUAGAACAUCAUCGGGAGAUGAAAUCGGGACACCAUCGGCCGGUUUACUAUGUAUCAGCGAAUGUGGAACAUGUCCGGUCAAAUGUUCACCCCAACCGGCACCAACGUCGAAGUCGUUUCCACCGCCAUCGCCGGUUCACCACUCGUCACCACCGACGGUACCUUACUUUUACUUCCCACCACAAACUCCCAACCACUCCCCGCCACCGUUGGAAUCAGAAUCUUUCUCACCACCUCCAUCUCCACCUCGCCCGCCACCGUCCGCACCUUCGUCGUCAUCCUCCAAGGGCAGUCCGCCACCACCGCCUCCUCAGUAUGUCUACGGUGCACCUGCAGGCCAAGGGUCACCCUCAGUAGGACCUCAUGAGUACCCUUACCCUUACCCCUAUUACUAUUUCUAUUCAUCCAAGGCCUCUUCUAUUUCUCUUCGUGUGUCAAUCUCAAUUGUGAUGUUGUUUUUCGGUGCUGCAUUGUUCCAUUGUUGA